AUAGGAAUAUUUUAUUCGCCACAUGGAUGGUUGCACUCUGGAAUCUGAAGUAGAGAAGGAAAAGGUUGUGAAGUGUAUUGAAGCUGCUAUUCGGCGAAGGAUAAGUGAGGGCUUCAGCUUUGAGUUGUGUGCCAAGGACCGAGUUGGCUUACUUUCUGAAGUUACGAGAGUCCUACGAGAAAAUGGGCUAUCAGUGACUAGAGCUGGUGUUACAACUAUUGGGGAGAAAGCAAAGAAUUUCUUCUACGUAAGAGAUGCGUCUGGAAACCCUGUAGAGAUGAAGACGAUUGAAAGACUGCGUGAAGAAAUUGGACAGACAAUGAUGCUUAACGUGAAGAAAGUCCCAACAUCUGCAAAGGCACCUGAAACUGGUCGUCUGGCUAAGACAAGCUUUUUCUUCGGAGGCUUACUGGAAAAGUUCCGAACCUGAAACUUCAUCUACAACUACUUGUAUAGCAGAAUAAAGCACUUAUAUAUAAAUGUGGCAAGGUUUUCCUAUAAAAACCUGUAGAUACAUUGGACAAUUAUCCUUGUCGGGAUAAACAAGGG